UAAUUUCACCACCAUACCCUCUAAGAAGAAAAAUCAAACAUCCCUCAGAUACCACACUGGUUGUUGUUGCUUUUUCUCUUUCUCCCUUGCGAGUUUGAGAAAUACAUGGGUCUGGAAAGAUGCUUACUCUCUAUUUUCAUGUUAUCUUUCUGUUACUAUUCCUGUUACAGUAAUCUGAUGGAGGGCCCACCCUCUAUCUGUGUUGAUGAAGCCUCUCCCUAUGACACACAAGCCUAUCCUACAUAUUUUGGUGCCAUCAAUGGUGAAGAUGGCGAAUGUGGGCCUGGCUUCUGGACCGCAGCAGUCUCAAAUUUGUAUGGUGAUGGUGAUGAUGAUGAUGAUGCGGAUGAUCCUGAAUCUUCAUCUAGAACGGUGAAUGUGGAUGAUUUUGGAGCUAAAGGUGAUGGAACGGAUGACACUGAGGCAUUUGAGAAGGCUUGGAAGGAAGCGUGUUCAUCUGCUCCAUCUGUUCUGGUAGUGCCUGAGAACAAGAGCUACCUUCUUAAACCAAUUACAUUUUCAGGCCCAUGCAAAUCUUUGAUUAAAGUGAUGAUCUAUGGAACCAUCCAAGCUUCCACCAAUCGAUCGGAUUGGGAUGGAUCAAACCAGCGGUACUGGCUUCGAUUCCAGAAGAUUACAAAGCUACUAGUUGAAGGUGGUGGAACCAUCGAUGGCAAUGGAGAGAUAUGGUGGAAAUACUCAUGCAAAAUCGACAAAUCUCAACCUUGUAAAGACGCCCCAACGGCUAUGACAUUCUAUUCAUGCAAGAACUUGAAAGUGAAAGACCUGAGGUUCAAAGACAGCCAACAGAUACAUCUUUCUUUUGAGAGAUGUAGCGAUGUCGCAUCUUCGAAUCUUAUGGUAACUGCACCAGAGAAUAGUCCGAACACAGAUGGAAUUCAUGUUACAGGAACCCUAGACAUUCAGAUAGACAGUUGUGUCAUCGGGACAGGUGAUGAUUGCAUCUCAAUAGUAAGUGGCUCACAAAAUGUCAAAGCUACGAACAUAACGUGUGGACCGGGCCAUGGGAUCAGUAUCGGAAGCUUAGGAAAAGGCAAUAAAGAAGCCCAUGUCUCACAAGUGCUAGUAGAUGGAGCAAAGCUUGUUGGAACAACCAAUGGAGUCAGGAUCAAAACAUGGCAGGGAGGUUCUGGAAAUGCAAACAACAUCAAAUUCCAAAACAUUGACAUGGACAAUGUCACAAGGCCCAUCAUCGUGGAUCAAAACUACUGUGACUCGAAAAAAUCAUGCCCGGAACAGGAAUCGGCGGUAGAAAUAAGCAAUGUGGUCUACAAGAACAUCAAAGGAACAAGCGCUUCAGAAGUAGCUGUCAAGUUUGAUUGCAGCGAGAGUUUCCCAUGCACUGGGAUAGUGUUGGAAAACAUCAAUCUUGAUGGAAUGGGAGGGAAAUCUACUAAAAGCUCAUGCAAGAAUGUUGAAGGGACUUCAAAAGGAACGGUUUACCCACAACCUUGUUUUUGAAAGAGAUGCAUGGCUCCCAUAAAAAC